AUGGGUUUUUACCACGCCGUCGACUGGACCGAGUCGUGGAUCCGAUGCGUACUGGCGAUGGAGGUUCUGACCCUCAUCGCCGCGGUGGCGCUGCGUAAGAGUGAAACGGCGCAGACGGUGCUGUUCGUGUGGUGCAUGCUUGUAGCCUUUUCGGCGAGGACCCUGAACGAGUGGGGCGGGCGCCACUGGCGUUCCUUCUCGAAGCAAAACUACUUCGACGAGAAUGGGUUCUUCAUUAGCACGGUGCUGUCGACGCCGAUGAUGGUAACGCAGGUGGUGGUGCUCGUGAACUUCUUCCGACUGAUGGUGUCGAUGAUGAUCAAGACGAAACGCGCGCAGCUCCGGGCGAAGGCAAAGAAAGAUGAGUAG